GUGGUAGGUGCAGUGGUGGUUGUGUAACGGUGGAGGGUAUUGGGCGGUGAAAGUUACGCGGUGGUGGGGUAAUGGUAAUACGCAGACGUUUGUUUCUUACGCGGAACGAUGGAAGUGAGUGCAGUGACGAAAACCCCACUCGAUCUCUUCACUUCCGUCUCUCACAGAGAAGUUAACAUCCACGAAAUGAUCAUCACCAACACCCUCUGGCUCACCAUCCUCUCCUUCGCUGCCAUACCAAUCACGGCACAAAAUAAGCAGAAACCACUUUUCACAUCCAACCACAACAAAAUGGAGGACUUCAACCCUUCUACGAGUGGUGGAUGGAAACCCGUCCUCGACCCCACCAACAACAGCACCAUCAUCGGCCACCACUGGCGCUCCCAUGACUACGUCGCCGGUGAGGAGUACACUCUCGCCCUCCAAACCCUCGACCUCUGGACUCCCGUCUCCCCGUCUUCCUUACUUUUCGGAGGUAGAGCAGGAGCACCCUGGCUAAUCUACAUCCACGGCGGCGCCUGGCGCGACCCCGCCAUCGACUCAUCCUCUUUCAACGCAAGCGCCACCAAGAUCCUCUCAUCCCUCUCUCAACAGCCCCCUGAGCAAAGAAAGAAGAAACUAGCAGGAAUAGCUUCCAUCAACUACCGCCUCUCCCCCUAUCCUAACCACCCUACCAACCCUUCCGACGACCCAACGGACCCCAACCGCAACGCCAAGCACCCUGCUCACAUCGCCGAUGUGCUUACCGCGCUGGGAUUCCUCAAACGCUACUUUGGAAUGGAGAGUUACGUGCUGGCGGGCCAUAGCUGUGGUGCGACGCUGGCGCUGCAGGCUUGUAUGUCUCCUAAGCGGUGGGGGCUGGAUAGGGAUAGGUCUGUAGAGUGGAGAGCGGGAUGGUAUGAUGUAGCGAAGCCGAAGACGGUGGUGGGGUUCAACGGGUUGUAUGAUCUCGCGGGUUUCAUUGAGAGCCCCCCGAAAGGGUAUGAGAGGUGGAGGGAGGCUUAUAGGGAGUUCGUUGUGGGCGCGUUUGGGGAGAAGGAGGAAGAUUGGAAAAAGGCGUGUCCGGGGAGUAUCGCGGAGGGGUGGGUGGGGGAGUGGAAUCUGACUCAACAAGGGGAAGAAGGGAAGAAGAGGAAGGUGGUGUUGGUGCAGAGUUUGGAGGAUAGUUUGGUGCCGGUUGAGCAGACGGAGGGGAUGGCGGGGUAUUUUGAGAGGGAGAAUGAGAAGGUGGGAGAGGAAAGUGGAAAGGUUGAGGUGGUGGUGUUGAGGGAGGAGAAGGCCGGGGAUCAUGAUGAGGUUUGGCAGAGGGGGGAGAGGUUGGGGGAGAUUUUGGUGGGGGUUUUGGAGGGGGAGAUUUGAAGAUAUGUUGUGACAAGACUUUUGCGAGGUUGUGUUUGGCAAUCGGUUGGCAUCGGACAGUGUGGUCGUGUUUGUUCGGUUUGGAGCAAGAAUUUCUUCUCUCGGACAUUCAGUGAAGAUGGUUCAGGUACCAAAGCAAUUGCACGCGGGUGCAGAGAAAACUGCUUGUCUGGGCAUCUAAAAAGCAAUAGCUGGAAAGCCUCUUGAUCCGUACUACAUCAGCCUGAAAAGACUAUGAACCAGUUCUUCAGAGUCUUUUUCAAGUCUGACGAGUAUAGUCCGUGUAACAGCGACUAGUGCAAUGAGCUGAGCGUGGACGAAUAAUCUUGAGACAUUGUGGUUGCACGGGGAGUUGAAGAGACUUUUGGGCCACCAAAUCAUGUCAGUACAGA